AUUCCAUGUCUCCCCCUGUGUGUAUUUAUACUAUGUGUCCUCGUGUGCUCCUCGCCGGUUCAUCUGUGUUUUUUCCUGCAUCAUUCUGUGUCGUCUCCCUGCAUCUCCAUUUUAGGUUUCAGUUCUGUGUUGUGUUAGUUUUUUCCAGUUUAGGUUUCACCUCCUGCUGGCCUCCGUUGCCCGUUCCUAGAUGCCCCUGGUCUCAUAUCGCACUGGACUUCAUCACUGGUCUCCCACCAUCCUCAGUCUCAGAUCAACACAGCCCUGCCCUCCAGCACUAUCAGCAGCAAGAGCAGAAGCAACCCCCCAAACAGCAACAUUGUACCCCAUCAGAUCUACAUUAUGAAGAUGGGUGUAACCAACGUGUGUUAGAGCUGGCAGGCCCCAUUCACAGCAGCAACACUUGUUGUUCAGAUCAGGUCAGACCAGUUUCUAUAUUAAGGAAGUGAAACUUACACAGUCACUGACACUGAGAGGAGAAAUGGCGCAGAAAGGAGUUCAGCUGGACCGAGAAACCUUCUCUUGUUCGAUCUGUUUGGAUCUACUGAAGGAUCCGGUGACUAUUCCCUGUGGACACAGCUACUGCAUGAACUGUAUUAAAAGCUUCUGGGAUGAAGAAGAAAAGAAGAAAAUCUACAGCUGCCCUCAGUGCAGACAGACUUUCACAGCGAGGCCUGUCCUGGUGAAAAACACCAUGUUAGCAGUUUUAGUGGAGGAGCUGAAGAAGACUGGACUCCAAGCUGCUCCUGCUGAUCACUGCUAUGCUGGACCUGAAGAUGUGGCCUGUGAUGUCUGCACUGGAAGAAAAAUGAAAGCCUUCAAGUCCUGUUUAUUCUGUCUGGCAUCUUACUGUGAGAAACACCUUCAGCCUCAUUAUGAUUCACCUACAUUCAAGAAACACAAGCUGGUGGAGCCCUCCAAGACGCUCCAGGAGAAGAUCUGCUCUCGUCAUGAUGAGGUGAUGAAGAUGUUCUGCCGUACUGAUCAGCAGAGUAUCUGUUAUCUCUGCCCUGUGGAUGAACAUAAAGGCCACGACACAGUCUCAGCUGCAGCAGAAAGGACUGAGAGGCAGAGAGAGCUGGAGGUGAGUCGACAAAACAUCCAGCAGAGAAUCCAGGACAGAGAGAAAGAUGUGAAGCUGCUUCAACAGGAGGUGGAGGCCAUCAAUCAGUCUGCUGAUCAAACAGUGGAGCACAGUGAGAAGAUCUUCACUGAGCUGAUCCAUCUCAUCCAGAAAAGAAGCUCUGAUGUGAAGCAGCAGAUCAGAUCCCAGCAGGAAACUGAAGUGAGUCGAGUCAAAGAGCUUCAGGAGAAGCUGGAGCAGGAGAUCACUGAGCUGAAGAGGAAAGAUGCUGAGCUGAAGCAGCUCUCACACACAGAGGAUCACAUCCAGUUUCUACACAACUACCCCUCACUGUCAGCACUCAGUGAGUCUACAGACUCAUCCAGCAUCAAUAUCCGUCCUCUGAGCUACUUUGAGGAUGUGACAGCAGCUGUGUCAGAGGUCAGAGAUAAACUACAGGACAUUCUGAGAGAGGACUGGACAAACAUCUCACUGACAGUCACUGAAGUGGAUGCUUUAUUACCUCGUCGGGACAGACGCCGUGUGCGUGCAUUUCACCUCCCUCGCGUAGUGUCUCCCCACACCCCAUCAUUCGUUCCCAGUGUAUCGUUUUCCCAUGAAGAGCAUCAAUCAGCUUUCUUAGAUCGAAAAAGAAGGACACGCCAGAACCGACUGACAAUGUUCAAAACAAUAGAAAAAAAUUCUAAUAACAAUGGAUAUUCUAAUUACACCAUCAGAGCUAAAGAGGCAGGAGAGACGCCUCCUGUGUGGAGCCCUCCCCAUUGAGUGUUGUUAGUGUUGCUUCUAGUACACUUCUAGAUUUGUCUGUUCAUGAGUUGGUAUUAUUUUUGUUGUAGGUAUUUUAUAUUUCCUUGAUUAUUUUAUUAGUUAAUUUUGCUAGUUUUUCGAAGGGAAACUUCCCGUGUCUCUUUAGUCGUGGAGGCUAUCGCUGCUCAUAAUAAUUUUAUGAUUUUCAUUUUAAACAUAUAUAUUUUUCCAAAUGUAAAUCUUAAAUCUAAAUGUAAAUCAAAAAUUUUAUUUAACAUGUAUAUUAAUGCUUUUGUAUGUUAUUGUUUCUCCUUCACUUCAUGGGCUUUCCAUUAUCACAGUUUUAUUUUCUAAAUCAAAAAGCAAAUGGGGUGUUAUCAGAACAAGGUUUCUGUGAUCACACUUGACGAGGAGAUUAGUCAUUAUGUUCAUUGUUUAAUGUGGGA